AUGAACAACAAGGAGGUUAGAAUAACGGCGCUUUUGGUGCUAGACACUAUUUUUUUUCUUCUUGAAGCCAUAGUUGGGUACUCCGUGCUGUCAUUGGCACUUAUCGCGGAUUCAUUCCACAUGCUAAAUGAUAUUAUUUCCCUUAUAAUUGCCCUUUGGGCCGUUAGGAUGAAGAAUUCGAGACAAGCAGAUGGGAAAUACACAUAUGGGUGGCAAAGGGCUGAGAUCUUGGGUGCUUUGAUCAAUGCAGUUUUUCUUGUCGCAUUAUGCUUCACUAUCAUUAUGGAGGCUAUACAACGGUUUUUCCAGCCUCAAGUGAUUACCAAUCCAAAGUUGAUUUUGGUUGUGGGGUGUGCCGGAUUAUUGAGUAAUGGAAUUGGAUUAGUGUUGUUCCAUGAACAUGGCCAUUCCCAUUCUCAUGGUGGUGGUGGUGGUGGACACGAUACUGAACUGGGCCAUUCCCAUUCUCAUGCUGAUGGUGUCCAUGACCAUGAAGCUAAUAGGUACGAUUUGAGCCACGAAGAGUCAACUGUGGGUGAGACUACUCCAUUGAUGAGAGGCAAUAAUACGCUUAAAUCGACACCUUCGGAAGUAUUUGAUUACUUCCCAGACAAUUUGGUUGAGAGAUACGACUCGGCAUCAUCUGGGCGUGGUAAUGGCAAUGAUACAAAAGACAAGCAUGGUAAAACCGAUAUUGGUUCUGGUUCUGGUUCUGGCUCUGCACCUUCAGAUGCGGGUGCAGGUGCAUCUGUGUCUAUGCCUGUGUCUCCUUCACUGCCGGCCGGUAAGAAAAAAUCGAAAUCAAUGAAUAUGGAGGGAGUUUUUCUUCAUGUGCUUGGUGACGCAUUGGGCAAUAUUGGAGUUAUAAUUACAGCAGUUGUGAUUUGGAAAACAAAUUGGUGGUGGAGAUAUUACUGUGAUCCGUUGACUUCGUUAGCGAUUAGUGCGUUGAUUGUUUAUUCAGCCACUGGGUUAUUUAGGAAAUCGUCAAAGAUUUUACUUCAGGCUACACCACCAUACAUUGACUCGGAUCAGAUUGUUAGCAGUCUCUUGAAACUUCCACUUGUUAAGAAUGUCCAUGAUUUUCAUGUAUGGAAUUUGAAUGAGGAUAUUUUGAUUGCUUCCUUGCAUGUUGAAUUGUCAGAGGAUUGCCAUGGCACGCCUUUAUCAUCGUCCGGUGGUAGUGGUGCUACUGCUACUGCUAAUGCUACUGCUACUGCUACUUCUCAACAAAAGAAGAAUGAUAACACAAUGAUUGAUGGAAAAGUGUUUUUAGAAGUUGUGGAACAGGUUCGGAAAGUCUUGCAUCAUUAUCAAAUUGAUGCAGUAACUGUUCAACCAAGUAUCAACUGUUGUCCACCUCCUAUAUCCAAUGGAACUUCUGCCUCUGUAUCAAUUGCAGCACCAGCACAAUUGAGCCAAUAA